UUUUAUUAAGAGUUGGCAACGACGUUCGGUUAAUGCGCUAGUAGCGGGCGUCGCGAUUUUCUGAGUUUGUUCAUUUUUAUAGCUGCUCAACCUUGUUAAAACAAAUAGAAAAUGAAGAAAAAUAAGCCACUAUUGCAUGAUCCUCUAAUAAUUAAUCGUGUUAAGCAGUAUUUAGAAGAAAAUGUGGACAAAAAGUUUUUGGAUGUAAGUGUAAUGACAAGGCAGUUGAUGGAGCGUUAUCCCGAGUAUACACGUCGCAAACAAGCCCCCUUUCGUGCGCUUGUUGAGCAAGCUUAUCGCAUUGUUUCGCACAGUUAUGGUUUGGAAAGUCAGCCGUCAAGUGGAGAUGAUUCGGAUGGUUCGGAUUUGGAAGUUAUGGAUGAUUCGGUGUCUAGUAAUCUGAUGAACAAUUUGAUGAAUAAUCUUUAUCAAAAACCAAAGACAAAUGCAUCGAAACAAACAACAACUAAACAAUCUGCUGGUGAAGCGAUUGAUAUAAGCAGCGAUGAUGAUAGCGCGGAUGAUACUUGUACAAAUGGCAAAACUUCGGAUGGUACCCAGAAUGCAACAAGUACAACAAAAUCAUUUUCCGGUGUUAUACUCACUAAGAGCAAUGUACCACAAGAGUCAUCGUCCAAGGGCUCAUCAAAUUCAGCCACGACUGAUUCCACUAGUGGCGUAUCUGUCACGCUUGGUGCACAGAAGCGUCACGAAUUUCCCGAAUCGACGGAGCAACCACAACAGCCGCAUAAAAAGCGUAAGUUGGCGUCGAAUGGAGGCAUAACUUUCGAAUAUUCCAAGUUCAAUACGAAUAUACCCUUCCUAUCAAUAGAAAGGAACGAUAGGCGAGACAAUGAGCAGCAGCAGCAACAUAUGCGUCAGCAACUGCAACAACAACAAAUGCAGCGUUCAAAUCGUUUAUCGGUUUAUCAACAAAGUAAUGAUGCCGCUUCUGGGGCAUUUCCAACAACAGCAUCAAGUCAAAUUAAUCAACUGCGUCAACGCAAGUUCAAGAAAGAAGUUGUUUUGCGCAAGUCUCGCGAAACUUUCCAAGAUAUCGGUGGUAUGGAAAAAACACUGAAGGAACUUUGUGAACUUUUAAUGCAUAUAAAAUCACCGGAUAUUUAUUUCGUUUUGGGCUUAAUGCCACCACGUGGACUACUAUUACAUGGGCCACCUGGAUGUGGUAAAACCCUGUUGGCGCAUGCGAUUGCAGGGCAACUAAACUUGCCGUUAAUCGAAGUUGCGGCUACUGAGUUAAUUGCCGGCGUCUCCGGUGAGUCGGAAGAACGUAUACGGGAUGUAUUCGAGCAGGCGACCAUGUAUGCACCUAGCGUUUUGUUUAUUGAUGAAAUCGAUGCAAUCUCUUCGAACCGUUCAAUGGCACAAAAAGAUAUGGAACGUCGCAUUGUGUCACAAUUGAUUAGCAGCUUGGACAAUUUAAAGUUAACAGAAGAUGGACAAAGCGUUCUGGUGAUUGGCGCAACCACGCGACCAGAUGUGUUGGAUCCGGCUUUACGACGUGUUGGACGUUUCGACCAUGAGGUUGCUAUAGGCAUACCAACGCGCAAGGAUCGCAAAGACAUAUUGACAAUAAUUUGCUAUGGACUCUUGAUUGAUUCGAAUUGUGAUUUCGAUAAAAUAGCAGAGCUAACCCCGGGUUAUGUGGGUGCUGAUCUGCUGGCGCUUGUGUCGCGAGCUGCAACAAUUGCAGUCAAGCGGAAGUGCUCAGAAUGUAUACGCGCAUUCCAGGUGGAAUCACAACGCAACAUAACCAUAGUGGAUUUGGACGAUGAAGCUGAUGAAAGCACCGAUGCUAGUAACAAACCAGCUGAACAAGACAAAAAUGGUAAAGACGAGGCAUCAAUUGACGCAAAUGCGAAAGCAGAUGAUGAACAAAAAGCAGAAGGAGCACAAACUACCGCAGCCAGCAGCGUAGAAAAAGCGGACUCGGAAAAUGCUGAGGAAAAAGCGGAAGGCCAGACAAAUGGCGCCGAAACAGUAGAAGCAACGACUACGGAAAAGAAAGACGCUGAGGCAAUGGACGUCGAUGUGGAGGGUGAGGAUGCAGCCAAAGCCGAAUCAAGCAACAAUGCAACAAAUGUACAAAUUGCCGACAGUAGCGUGAAAUCAACGGAAGUGGUCGCCGCAACCACUGAUGACGCUAAAACAGGUGAGUCCAGCAAGCCCUCAUCGAACACAACAGAUGCACCCAAUCUAUCGGAACCAUCACUGUUGGAGCUACUUAAUUGGCUCGACAAUCCGCCAACGGAUUUGACAUGCGCAUCGGAAUUCUGCAUCACCAUUGAAGAUUUCAUGGAGGCAGUCAAAGUCGUGCAGCCAUCUUCGAAGCGUGAAGGCUUCAUAACAGUACCAGAUGUAACGUGGGCCGAUGUCGGCUCAUUACAAGAUAUACGCGAAGAAUUGCAAUUGGCCGUCUUGGCGCCGGUGAAAUUCCCGGAAAAAUUGGUCACACUCGGUUUGACGGCGCCGUCAGGGGUGUUGCUUUGUGGACCGCCGGGUUGCGGUAAAACCUUACUUGCCAAAGCCAUUGCCAAUGAGGCGGGCAUUAAUUUCAUAUCGGUGAAGGGACCGGAGCUAAUGAAUAUGUAUGUGGGCGAAAGUGAGCGUGCCGUGCGCUCUUGUUUCCAGCGUGCGCGUAACUCGGCACCCUGUGUCAUCUUCUUCGACGAAUUCGAUUCGCUGUGCCCGAAGCGUUCCGAUACGAAUGAAGGCGGUUCCGGUACGCGUGUCGUCAACCAAUUGCUUACCGAAAUGGAUGGUGUGGAGGAUCGUAAGGGAGUGUACAUUUUGGCCGCCAGUAAUCGGCCGGACAUAAUCGAUCCGGCUAUACUGCGUCCCGGACGUUUGGAUACCAUACUUUAUGUAGGACUGCCGCAAAAAGAGGAGCGCGUCGCUAUACUAGAGGCUACCACGAAGCAACGCACAAGACCCGAAUUGGCGGACGAUGUCGACUUCACAGUCAUCGCGGAGUCCACAGACGGCUAUACCGGCGCCGACUUGGCUGGUCUGGUGCGGCAAUCUGCCAUGUUGGCCUUGAAAGAGUCCAUACAAAAUCCGGACUCGACGGAUUUGCGCGUACGCAAGUCGCACUUUGAUCUCGCCCUAAAACUCAUACGACCUUCAGUUAGCGCGCAGGAUCGCAAAACAUACGAGAAAUUGCGUUUAAAAUAUGCCGCCCCAAGAAGCCCCACAGCAACAGACGAUAAUGCUGAAUAAAAUAUGCUAGUUAUAAUUCUAAAAUAGUACGUUGCAAAUAACGUUGGAACGGUGAAUGUUGUAGCGCUACAUUACACCGAUUAUAUAUCCAUAAACAUAUGUUUUUAAUACAACAAACGAACCCAAUUACUUUGGCGUAUAACACAUUAAAACACCACCCUAUGUACAACAGUAUCUCAACCCCUUCAUUGUACUUGUAAUUUUGAAAUUUUUACCUUCACUUUUUUAUUUUCACUAUUCAAUGGAUUUAUUUUCGUUAUAUUCUUCAAGCAUUGAACCAUUAAGUAUACUUUAUAAAUAAAAAGAAAUCUGCGCGUUUCGAAAUUGACAAAUUUUUCAGUCUGCGCCAACGUGCAACAAUAUCGACAACAACAAAA